CUGUUCUUCUCUCGAUCGAAGCGCAAAAUGCGCAAGUAAGCGCGCAAGAGAUGAGACCAUCAAUCGUAUACAGAUAUACAGAUCUAGAAGUCACCGCAAUCGCAACGUUUGACAAGGAUUUGACAACAAAAUACCGCCCACGUAGUUCGCCCAUUCCGUCCAAAGUCGACCAAGGAUGUCUUCGAACAACACUGCCCUCGAGCCUUACAAGGUCGAAUUCAUCGAAAAGGCCAUGGAGAGCAAGGUCUUGCUGUUCGGCGAUUUUACCUUGAAGAGCGGAAGGCAAUCCCCGUACUUUUUCAACGCCGGGCUGCUUUACACCGGCUCUCUCAUCUCUCGUGCCGCCUCAUCCUUUGCAUCGACAAUCGUCUCGGGGAAAAUCCCCGACUUUGACGUCCUGCUCGGACCGGCUUACAAGGGGAUCUCAUUGGCCGCCGCGACAACCAUGACGUUGUACGACAAGCACGGUAUUGACAAGGCGUACUGUUAUAACAGGAAAGAGAAGAAGGAUCAUGGUGAAGGAGGUGACCUCGUAGGAGCUCCCCUCAAAGGUCGAGUGGUCAUCAUCGACGACGUCCUCACUUCAGGAAAAGCUAUCCGGGAAGCGAUCGCCAUCCUCGCCAACCAUCCGGAAGCCAAGCUCGUCGGUAUCCUUCAACUGGUCGACCGACAAGAACGGGGUCAGAACAGCCAACUCUCGACCGUUCAAGAGGUGGAAAAAGAGUUUGGCGUCCCCGUCGUACCCAUUAUCGCCUUAAAUGACAUCAUGCGAUACAUGGAUGGCAAGGACGAUCUGAAGGAGAAUCUGGAGAGGAUGAAGGCGUACCGAAAGGCUUGGGCUGUCGAGGCUUGAUCGCGGUGUCGAUGAUGACUGAAGCCUAUCGUGUUGCGACGUGUCAAUGCGUGAGGGUGUUCGGUGUGUGAGGAUGUGCAUAUGUGUAUUGAAUACAAACAAGAUAAAAUACAAA